UCGAUAAUUAGAAACAUGUUAACGACCGCAAACUAUCUCACUCCGUUCGUCCACCACCAAACUCCGGUCGUACGACCAGACACGAUUAGACACGACCGGAAGACGAAGUAUGCCCCCUCGACCAUAGAACUACUCGGUAUAUUUUCUAAAUGCCGAUAACUCAUGCUCAAGGCCGCACAAGAUUAAAGAACUACCUUGGAGCCCAGAAAAAUGUAUACACGUUUUACCACCUGAUCGUGCACGAUCGGACUCCGGUUGAGGGUAUUGGACAACCCUUGCUCCCUGUGUAUCCCUAGCAAGUAUUCCUAAUACGUUCCCGUAAGUGGACAUGCCUGAGAAGAUGUACCCGUUUUAUUUUGAUUAUAUCCCCUAGGGGACUAGGGAGAGAAGAUCUCCCUCCCUAGACGAGAGACGCCGCAACGCUAGCUAGCUAAACAAUAUUUUGAAAUAGCACUCAAAGGGGAGCACAAGGAAUUUGUUUGCCGUAUCUAACGAGGAUUUCAGGGUUAAAUUUUAAUCUCCCCUGUCCUCAUUCGCAGAAGAUCUGUAUCUCGGCCGUUAGACGCAGAGGAAGUCAUUGUCACGCAUUCCGGCGGAUGAAUUAACUAGUUAAUGAUUAACUGGCACUUCGCAAUCCUACUAAUAGAGUGCAUUGAAUAUACAUUUUCACUAUGUGCACACAAAUAACGAAUCUGACCGAUUUAUACAUGUUCAUAUAAGGUUCAUUUUUAAAUGAUUUUUUUAAAGACUGGUUGGAUCAUCCUAUAGCCAGCCCUUGGACCUGGCAUUUGUUUCCUCGCCUCGAUGACACAUGCAUUUCCUGAUUAACUCUGAAACGCACUGCAAUGAUGCAAGAGAGGAAAUCCGCAAUCGUCAUAAACAAACGCUUUAAGUAACAACCGCUCAUUUCUGCAUGCGCAUCCAAGUUAGCAAGCAGCAGGUUUCGCAGUCUAGUGGAUUUUCUCCCUGUCAGUUCUUUCUAGAAAACUGCGUUGCCUCAAGAAAAUGAACCCAAGACUUCUCAUUUUCGUUGUCGUGGCAGCUUUGUCUUUCAUUCAUAAAAGCGAGGCCGGCUUCCGGAUCCGUCGGCGACGGAGGUCGUGUGGAGCUGUCAAUUGUGCGGUCAGCGGCUGGGGGGAAUGGAGCGCAUGCUCCGCGCCGUGUGGAAGUACUGGCACCCAGUUUACCACGCGCACUGUUACUAGGCAACCUGCAUGUGGUGGAAGUCCGUGUCCCACUCUGCGUAAAGCCCAGCCAUGUAACCGAUUCUGCCACAAUGGUGGGAUGCCUGUGCCCAACCAGUGCUAUUGUAGCAGUCAUUACAGGGGACGAUGCUGCGAGAUAGCUGAUGGCGGCUGGUCAGCAUGGAGUAGCUGGAGCCCAUGCCCUAAGACAUGUGGAGCGGCUCAACACUACAGAACACGCGGAUGUAAUCAACCAAUCCCAAGCAAGGGUGGACGCCCCUGUCAGGGGGAUGCACGGGAGGAGAAAUUGUGCUCUGCCGUUCCAUGCCCAGUGCACGGAGGAUGGUCGACGUGGGGAAGUUGGAGCGUCUGUAGCAAGACGUGUGGGACUGGCACCCAGACACGUGACCGCCUCUGCACCAAUCCCAGCCCUGCUUUCGGGGGACGUUACUGCGAACCGCCCAAUUCCAAAAAACAAACGAAGGAAUGUAAAGGGUUGGGGACUUGCCUUAAUAUACUCGGUCUAGGUUGUUACGAUGCCAGAUGGAAGGAAACUUUGAAAGACUUUCGCAAUGAGAUGGACUGGUCAGAUUUUAGUAAAGUCGUCAAGCUUUGUUCAAAACUUGCCAAGGAGAGCGGUUACCGCUUCUUUGGCAUCGCGUACUACACCAAAUGCGUGGUGGAUCUUUCAAAGAAUUACGACUACGCGAAGCUCCAAAGAGGAGAGUGUUUUGAUAAAGUUGGACUUCAAGACUCGAUGUAUGUCUAUAUUGUCAUGUAAAAGAUGCCACAUCAAAUGCAUAUGAAGCAGAGGAAACAGUUAUCAGAGACAGAUGAGCAUCUUAUUGACCAUGCUCGAAGACCCAAGCAUGGUACUUUGUGGGCGCUCCCAAAGGUCACCCCAGCGAGAGGUCCCCACUCUCGACUGAUUAAGAGUCAAGUAGAACUUAAAAUAUAUUUUUCCUUCUUCUCAAAACGUCUAAUAAGAAAUAUUUCAUUGACCUCGUUUGCUAAAGCUGUACGGGAACGUCCGUAAGCUCCUAAAUGGCUCUUGCUAUAUCUGUUGUAAGUAUAGGCAAAUGCCCAACAACGAGAGAACAAAAGAAAACUCAAAGAACCAAACGUGAAAUGCACCAUGAUACAUUUUAGUCGUUUUCCAACAAAUUGUGACGUGAAAAGUUUUUUAUAGCCAUAUUCCAUGGAACCCAUCUAGAAAUUAUAUGACAGCGGAAUCGAAAAAAUUUUGCUAAAUUAAUAAGAAAAUACGUGCUUUAUUUGUUUUCUAAAGAAACACAUUUCGUAAUUUUCUGUAUCGACUUUAGACGUCCAGACAAAGUUCUAUAUUACCUGUAUCAUUCUAGAAACCUCCCUAAAUUGUUAAAUGUGCUUUUUUCUACUGUAUGUAAUAUAACACAUGGUUUUACUUAUUAGAGACCUUAUGUUGAUCAGGGCUCUAUCGAUAUUAUCAAAUGAAUAAAAAGUGCUUUAUUUCUUUUUUA